CGGACCUGCGCAGCCUGGGCGGUCUUUCCCGAUCGGGUAAUAAUCGCAGCUCGCACCCGGCCUGGUCCCUUCGUAUCUCCGUAUGGCAGCUCCACGGCGGCGGUCCCAUAACAAGUGCUUUCGCAUCCCACAAGACCUUCCUGGGAUGGCAAACCGCCGCGAAGUCCGGUCACAAACAUGGCGACCACCUCGCCACACUACCACCGCAUGUCAGAUCAGGUGGUACAGACCAUUGUCUACAAGCGAGUGGACGAACUGGAGCUACACCUGGACGUCAUUUAUCCUCGCGGGGCACGAGGCCUUCCAGUGGUGCUCUGGUUCCACAUCGGAGGCCUCGUUCAAGGCCAUCGUGAGACUGCCGCACCCCACCAACUUCGCAAUGCGUCCAGGUUGGGAUACGCCUUGGUCACUGCAGACUAUCGCCUUGCACCCCAGGUGGGAAUGGAUGACAUUUUGGCAGAUGUGACGGAUUGCAUCACGUUUGUCCGAACAUCAUUGAUCUCCCACAUCAAACCUGGAAUCCUGGACACCACUCGCCUUGCUGUCACGGGGAGUUCAGCAGGUGGCUACCUGGCACUACUCGCAGGCUUAUACGUCGAACCCAAACCUCUCGCCAUCAUUGCCAUCUAUCCCGUGACGGAUCUUGCUGUCAUCCUUCUACACCAAUCCCCAACCUCAUCCUUGGGAUGAAGGCCCCGUGGCUCGCGAUUCAGUUGCAGAACAUCUGGAUCCGCAAGCGCCCGCAAUCGCCAAUAAUCACAGUGAGUCACCACGACAGCAACUCUACUUCUACGUAAUCCAGGAAGCGCUGCUGCCCGAACUUCUUCGACUUCGACCGGGAGACGAUACGUAUCGCAUCUGCAAGAACCUUCAAACCCGAUCGAUGCCUCCGACCUAUGUGGUUCAUGGAGACGCGGAUCGAUCCGUGCCAGUUACACAUUCUGACGAAGUCGUUGGCGCAAUGCUUGGGCUCGGUUAUGAAGUCAUGUAUGAUCGCCUGAUUGGUGCGGACCAUACAUUCGAUCUGGAAGAUGACGUGGAAUUGCCUCGAUUGUACGCAUUCUUGAAGAAACACCUGCGUAUA